AUGUUCACGCUCUCUCUCCUGAGCCGGGGACAUGGGAAGUUGGUCCAGAACAAACAGAAGCUAGAAGUCUAUUUUGAACCAGAGGAUUACUUGAACUGGAAGUCCCCAGAAGAUUAUGUCCUGGUCAACAAACCGCAGGAUAAGGGCAGUGCCAAUCAGCACACCUGGAGCCUCUUUCUUCCUAAAACAUUCAGUACUAGAAAAGGUGCUCUGAUCCUCUACUCAGAAGGUUUAGCCAUAUCAGCAUGGACACCCGAAGAGAGGAGAAGAGGCCCCUACUGCCCCAAAGGCCACAGGAAGAGGCCAGAUCUUGAACUACACACACUUCAGGACCUUAAAGAAGCCAUCCUGUCAUAUGGAAGGAGACAGAGGGAACAGGACAGAGCCUGGCAACCGUACCUCCACUUCCGAAGCCAACCAGAGACCCAGGCCCAACGGCAGAUGCAGCCUGGGUAUUCAGCCAAGAGAUACCUGCGAGGCCUCUUGCAGACAUGGCCCCCUGACACCAUGUACAGGCUCCAAUGUGCAGGAUACAUCAAGGAUUCUGUGCUGCUCCAGAACAAUCAACUUAAUGUACCAAAGAAUCUCAGGCUACAACAGGAUCUUUCAGGUGUACCCCCAAAAUACCAUCUCCUGCCUGUCUUCCCUCCAUUUUGGAUUCAACAAGGAAAAACUUUUGAACAAGGUCAACAGGGCCUGGCUGGAGGGGAAGCUGGGGCCGGUGGACAUGUGGACCAGGGCUCUGUAGCCACGAACCACAGCAGUCAGGGGAUUCACUUGCCGCCACUCAGGAAGCAGUCAUGGCAGAAAGAUGAAACCCAGGCAGAGGACACAUCAAUAGAGAAUCACCAUCAUACACACACUUCAAAGGAGAGCCACAAUGAAAAAAUACAGCAAACCUCCCGAAGGGCCUUUGGGCAUGCCCACAUCGAUCAUUCUUGGCUCCUGAGUGACAAAUCCCACAUUACAUUCUAUGGAGGAGCCUUCCCCAAUAGAAAGGCAGAUCUCAGCGAAAGACAAGGGAAUAUAAAACUCCACAAGGGCAGAAGCAGCCACUUGUUACAGGAGCCUCCUGCUGAAAGAUGCCUUUUCCCUCCUAUAGCACCUGCUACUGGCUCAGAGAAAAACACAGCUGGGGAAGUGAAGAAGAAAAAGGUACCAAAGGCUUUGAAAUUACCCCCUAUCUCAGAAGAACAACCCAGAGUCCUGGAUCCCCUGAGGAGUCCAUUUAAAGCCAGUGAACCUCCAGCAGAGCUCUUCAUCUUCCCAGUGGAGAUUCAUUUCCAUACCCAAAACCCCCCAAAAGGAAAACCACACAGAAGAGGUGCCCCACAGCCUGAGUCAGGACCGGAAACAGAAGAAAAGGCCAGGCCUUUAUGGAAACCUCCCCUGAAGCAUACAUCCCCAGAAAAGCCAAGGGAGUUAACAGUACAUCUCCCAGUGGACACAGGCAAGGACAUGCUCUCAUGUCAAGACGUUGAUGCCCUAUUCCAGAAUGUGACCCCACCACUGUCCCUGAUUAAAGGAAGAAAAAGUCCAGAGGGCCAGCAGGGCCUGGACAAACCCAGGACAUCAAGCUGCAGCAGUUCCAUAGGCCCCUUGGAUAUGAGAAGGGCCAGGGGGGCCCUUCCAGCAGAAGAACAAGACAGCAGAGACCCCACAGUGGGACACUUCUUGCUGGAUCCAGAUGGAGAAAACAUCUGCCUGUCCCUCCCAGGGCCUACUAAAACCAAAGAACCUCUUUCAGGUAAAGCCUAUGAAUCUGUCAAUUCAAAUACCAGCCAUGCAAAGGAGGGGUCUAGUAUUCAGCGUCCCCUAAGAACAAACACUGAAUCCAGAACCUAUCUUCUCACGAAUCUUAAUGAAAUCUCACCUUUGACCCAAAAGCCAGAGAAGCAGGGAGCCCAGCAGUCCUUGGAGGCAGCAGCUCAGAAGACAGGAGAGCCUCAAAGUUGUAUAAAUAAAGGGCUGAUAUGUUCAAACAGAAAAGAAUUUUACACGCGCAAGCUGCACAUCGACAUGACGCCGUUCCUGAAGGAAAAUGGAGAUGAACUGAACUAUCAUGAAGAACCAGGAGAACCCCUCCGAGAAAAUCAAGACACCCAAGACCAGGAACUGAGGAGUAUGACCCUUGACCCCCUUAGUGUUUCCGUGGCUGAGCACAUCCAGAUCUCUGAGUCAGAUACUAUCCAAAAGACGGGCAGAGAUUAUGGUGUACACCAUCUGCACAGAAGACUCCCAGGACACGAGUCCCCAGAGCAGUUGGGUCCUGUAGAUGCAUCUCUUCUCCCAAGAGGAAGAGAAGGGAAGAAUGAACCAAGACUGUUCAACCAGCAGGUACUAGCCAACAUGAGUGUAAGUAUGGAGUUGAUUGACAAAGCCAAGAGAAAGAAAAGAACCAAAACAGACAAGUCCAAGGUACCUAAGGAGAGGAGAGAAGGAAAGGUCCACAGGGAAGCAGAGGCUGUUGUUGGAAAGUCAAAGGAAUCAAAGGCUGAAAAGAAAUCAGAGCCAAUUCCCAAAGAAAGAAAGCCAAGAUCCAAAAGGAAAAGGACACAGAAGAAAAGGAAUCUGGAAAUAGCAAAGCUGAGUGGGCCUGAUGUCAUUAACCCUAAGGAAACAGAAGACACUUUAGAUAGAGGUUUCUCUCCUACAGAUUCUUUUGUGGAGGACAUUUGGUUUUCCCACAAGUAUGAUACUCAGGAGAGCCAAGUGUCCAUAGAUGGAAGAUCAUCACCCACCCAGGCUAUACCUGUCACCGGAAACAUGGAAUCUAAAGAAGAAAGAAGUUAUGAGGACCCUUCCAAAGCCCUCCUCGCCGAGAGGGAGCAAGAGGGAGCGUCCCGGGACAGGCUGCGAGCAGAGAGGGCUGAGAUGAGACGCUUGGAAGUGGAGAGGAGGCGAAGGGACCAGGAAGAGCAGAGGCGGCUCCUUCAGGAGCAGCUGGAGAGGGCGGAGAAGAUGAAGGAGGAGCUGGAGCUGGAGCAGCGGGCCCGCGCGGAGGAGAACCGCCUGAGGAAGCAGAGACUGGAAGAAGAACGGCAGCGGCAGGAGGAAGAGGAGAGGAAACAGCAACAUCGGUUGCAAGUGGCCCAGGAGAGAGUCCGGCAGCAACAGGAGGAGUUCUGGAGGAAACUGCAAGAACUACAGAGAAAAAAGCAGCAGGAAGAAGCCAAGCGAGCUGAGGUUGAGAGGCAGAAGGAGAAGGAAUUGGAAAUGCAGUUAGCAGAAGAACAGAAACGCCUGAUGGAGAUGGCUGAAGAAGAACGGCUAGAGUACCAGCAUAGGAAGCAGGAAGCAGAAGAGAAGGCGCAGCUGGAAGCAGAGGAGAGAAGGCAAAGGGAGGAGGAAGCAGCCAGGCUGGCUCUGGAGGAAGCUAUGAAACAAGCACAGGAACAAGCCAGGCAAAAAGAUGCUUUGAAGAAACGACUUCAUUUCCAUCAAGAACUCUAUAAGGAAGCCAGUGGCCUGCAGUGGACACGGAACAUUUCCAGAUCGUGGGUCUACUCUUACUUCCAGUUUCUACAAAUACCCAGAUCUUAAGGCUAGAAGAAAACUAAAAAGUAAGUUGGGAGGUGGUGACAGAAAUUCUAAUAAUGGAAAUGAUAUUCCAUUUCAUCGAGUUCACCUCAACCCACACUGAGCUUCACUCUAGGACCUCAAUUCCCACUACCCCUUCCCAUCACACAUACCUGACUUGAAGUAUUUCAUUUCACAGUCAGUGUGUCUGAAAGAGUUGCAGAUUAGUGGAAAUUCUAUAAUGCAAAUAAUUCUGAAUAAGCUGGGAUCCCUGGGUGGCGCAGCGGUUUGGCGCCUGCCUUUGGCCCAGGGCGCGAUCCUGGAGACCCGGGAUCGAAUCCCACAUCGGGCUCCCGGUGCAUGGAGCCUGCUUCUCCCUCUGCCUAUGUCUCUGCCUCUCUCUCUCUCUCUCUUUGACUAUCAUCAAUAAAAUAAAAAAAAAAAUUCUGAAUAAGCUAAGGAGUUCAUUUAUUAAGAACUUCAUUCUCUAUAAGGCAAAAACACAUUUCAUCCUAAGAAUCUAAAAUUUGUCCAUUUAAAACAAGGUAAUCUCUUGAUAAAUGUUCAUUUGAACAAAAUGAGCCAUUUUAUUCAAGGUAUUCUCACUUCCUCAAAAUAUAGAUUCUAGAGCUACACUGGCCAAUUAAGUAGCCACAUAUAACUUUAAAUAUGUUAAGCAUUCAGUUCUCCAGCUAUAUUAACCACAUUUCAAGUGCUCAAUAGCCACAUGUAGCUACUGGCUACAUUACUGGACGGUACAGAUGUAGAACAUUUCCAACAUCACAGAAAGUUCUCUGGACAGUCCUGUUCUAGACUCAAUAAUUAACAAAUCUUGAGGAUUUGUUCCUAUGCCUUUAAGAUCCAACCACUCACAUAACUUCCCCAUUUUUUUAAAAAGAUUUAUUCAUUUAUCUAGAUAGAAAGCACAAGCUGUGGGGAGGAGCAGAGAGAGUAUCUCAAGUGGACUCCACCCUGAGUGCAGAGCCCAAUGUGUAGCUCGAUCUCACAACACUGAGAUCACGACCCAAGCUGACACCAAGAGUGGGAUGCUCAACCCACCGCACCACCAUAAUUUCCCCGUUUUUAAAAAUCAUACUCUAUUAAGGUAUAAUCUUAAUUUUUUCUUUAACAUCUCUUUAAAUAAGUAUCUAUCCUAGAAUGAUCAUUAAAAGGGAUGAGAGAUCUUUACAAGCAAGAUAUAUAAAAGGAUGUUAAAGCAAGCAGUAUCUGAACUUGAAUUUUCCUACAAAUUUCCUUUGGCCCUACUCUAAACUUCACCGUCUGCAGCUGACAAACAGAGUAUUUGCAGAGGAUUCCCUCAAAUUUCUCACCAAUGCUGUAAAGUAUUUGCUCUUUACAGGAACCGUACUUCUACAAUCCAGAAGUCCAACGUAAUUUUUAUUCUGUAUUGCUAUUAUCAGACUUGCUUAGAUUUGAUGACUUUUAGCUAUUUGCUUUAUUUGUAAAACAGAAAAUAAAAUGGCCAAAACACUGUCAGUGAUUUUAAAUAUGUCACAAACUUUUUCUCAGAAUUGUCCAUCCUACUUGCACAUUCAUUCAUUCAUUCAUUCAAGUCAUUCAACAAUGCUUAAGCAGGUAAGAAAGGAGCAUUUCAAAUAAUACAAGAACAGAAGAAAGAGCACUCAAGGAAAACAUCCUUGUGGGGGAAAUUACCAUUACCGACUUUAUUUUCUCCCUUCUUUUACAAAUUUAGGAUGUUGCAGUCAAGCACCAGGUAGAGCAGCUACACUAAAUGUUAUUCAAGGUUCCUUUUCAAAUCUGAUAUUCUAUAAAAUUGUUGCUGUGAAAGUCCUAGUUUACCAGCACUACUACACCAGAUAAGCACAUUUUAGUAAGUUAACCAUAGCAGAAUGCAACGUAUUUAGAAGAAUCCAAUAAACUAAAUAAGUUUAUUUCCCCAGAGCUAAACUCUACCGCCUAAAUGCUAACCUUCAGACAGAGAUACAAACAAAAUUAAGAUACCAACUACAUACUCUUGCAUUCUGAAUAGCUCAAAUAGCCUAUCAAGUUUGUUACUCAGGCCUGAAAUAUGCAAUUCAAUGAGGAUUUUUCAGAAAAGGGCCCCAUUCCUAGUCACUACUUAAUAUAAUAUGAUAAAUGCCAGGUGACAGUCUAAAGGCUCUAAUUUACCUAAGCUAAACAUGUACAACACAAAUAAUUUUUCAGUUAGGGUCAGACAUAGGAAUUUGUAAGGCAAGCCAAUUAUUUUUAACAGGUGACUUGAGUAGGGUAUUUAAGCUAUAACGGUUUAUAAAAUGUAUUAGAGAUAAGUUUUAUUUGCUCUUCUAAAGUACUCAGAUGACAUUCUACCUGGAAUAACACGAAAGAGGAUUAUGUGUAUGCAUACAUAUACUAAAUCCUGUGAUUCGUUAAGAGUUAAAAAGCUAAGCCCUCUAAUAGGAACUAAUUUAGUACUUUAAUUUUAUACAAAGUUUAAAUAUUUAAGAUGAAAUAAAAAGAAAAUAUAAACAAAUAUAAACAAAGUAUACCAAACCUUAACCUAAGCAGAAAACAUUCUGUAAAUUGUUAAAGGAAAAACUGAGAAUUAUCAAUAUGAAUCAAUUAAUUUUUGGCAUGCCCAUUUAUUCAACAUGACUGGGUAACUAUAUCAUAGAUAUGCACCAUACAAGAAUAUCAAGUUAAAAAAAAAAAACAGAACACUGAGUAUUUAAGAAGGUAGCGUGGCCUUAAUUAAAUCCUUAAUUCAAAGGCACUUCAGUAGCUU